UAAACCGUGGACGUGAUGCAAUUUCGUUGUAGUUUGUGUCAAUUGUGCAUUGUGCGACGUGAUGUUAUUGUAGUUUUUCGCACAGUCUUCUGCUUUUUUUUUUAGAAAUGUCAUUCUUCGACUUAUUUCGAAAUUUUCUCGGCGUGAAACAUCGCAACGAGCCUGGCACAAGCGGGCUUGGUGAUGAUGAUUCGCACAGAGACAGUUUUCGAAAUCCAAUUUGGCAGAGUGACGAAGAUGAUGACGACAUAGAUGAUUUUAGGCAUCCUAGAAGCGGCAUACACUUUAGCAUCUUUAGUGAUCCACUUGAAAUGACACGUUACUUUGAAUCUCAGAUGGACAAUAUGUUAAAAGGUUUCUUUUUUGGAUUCAAUAAUGGAUUUUUCGGAGAUGAAACCAUUAAAACAUUACCAUCUGGUGAACCUGAUAAACAUGAUAAUUUACGUGACAAAAUGCUGAAACUUUAUCCCCAUUCACCUAUCACAGAUGUAUCACCUGAACAGAAAAUAGAUACAGAUUUGGAUGGAAAAAUUACUACAGAAGAAUUUUCAAGAAUGUGGAAUAAAGGAGAUGUAAAAACAGUAGAGCCUUUUGUACUACAUAGUUUUUCAACUGUAAGAUCUGUUAGAAAAGAGAUCAUACGUAGAUCUAAUGGAACUAUAGAUCAAAAACAAGUAUUUAAAGACAGUGAAGGUAAUGAGGAGACAAUAGUUUCAAGAGAAAUAGGUGACAAAAAAUAUGUUAUCACUACAAAAAAGGAUAAAAAUGGUGUUGAAACAAAAUCGGAAGAUUUCUUUAAUAUGGAUGAAAGCGAGUUGAAAGACUUUACGCAAAAAUGGACACCUUCCAUAAAAGAUAACACAGACAGUGACUAUACAAAUUUAAAUCGCUUUCCAUGGGAAAAAUUUUUCGAUCCCAAAUUAUAGCAGACAGUGAAGUAAAUAGAAAGUAGUUUCCUUUUCCUAAUAGCUGAAACAUGCCUCCUUUGUAUAUAUAUAUAAUCUAUAUUAAAUAUCCAAUAAAUUAGUUAAACCAAA